AUGCCCUCCUCCCUCUCCUUCAAAGCCACAAAAUGGCUAACCCUCGCCCUCGCUAGCGGCGCCUUCGCCGCCUUAAACGGGCUAUUCGCUAAACUAACAACAACAGCAGCAACCGGCUCCGCCGCUUCAUCCCUCGCUAGCACCCUCAAUCUUCCGGAAGGUCUCGUCGAGGGUGUCCUCCGCGCGAUAUGCUUCGGCCUGAACCUCCUCAGCAACUUGAUCAUGUGGGCGCUCUUCACAAGGGCGUUGACCGCCGCGCCGUCGACGACAAAAGUGUCGAUUACGAAUACCUCGGCGAAUUUCUUGGUUACGGCAGUGCUCGGGAUGAUUGUGUUUGGGGAGAAAGUGAGUGGUUUGUGGUGGCUUGGGGCGGCGAUGAUGGGGGCAGGGUGUAUACUUGUGGGAAUGAGGGAGGAGAAGAAAGAUGAGAGGCAGAAUGGGGAGGAUAUUACGUUGAGUGAAGAGAGGGAGGGAGAGGGAGGGGGAGAAGGGGAAGAGGAGGGGGUGUAUCAUGAUGAAGAGGAAGAGGAGGAUGGAGAGGAUGCUCCGCUGAUGCCGCAGCGGGUUGAUAGUAAUAAAUAG